CGACGGGCGGCCGCCCCGCGAGCGCCGCGUGCGGGCCCCGAGCCGCAGCCUCGCAUCUCAGUUGGGUGAGAGCUGCCAGUGAAAGAGGGUCCCUAUGUCACGGUAUGUCGGCCCACGCCGCUAACUCGCGGCUGGCCGCUAGCUUUUCGGUGCAAACACAUACUUCUGCUCGGUCUCCUAUAGUAGAGACCGGAGAUGCAGCGGAGAAUAGUGGUUUUAGUGGAAAACGCGAUGGAAGUGCUCUAGGGCCGCGCGACCCCCUGGCCUCAGCGCCAUGUAACGGAGGGAGGACCAGCGCGCCCCCUUGCAGUGCAACGACAGCCAAUAGUGCCAAAAGUUUAAGUCCUAGUGCCGCGAGUGCCAGUGAUUAUACAGUGAGCAAAAAUGGGCACGCAGGAGCCGCUUCAGCACACCACGGAAGCGCCCCCGGCGAGUCCAGCCCCAUUACCUCUUUCAAGUCGAAGGAUGCAAGCGGAGAGUGCGCGGGCGUGAGUGCAUUUGCGAGCGCACGAAGUCACAACCUCGGCAGUGCAGGAGACCGAUCCUCCCCUGCCAGUGCCCGGCGCAGUGAAGGGGGAAGGGAGUCCCGGAUGGACACUGCCAACUUCAGACUGAGGCUCCGGAAGGGAGGUGGAGAGGGCGUCACGAAGAAGGGACCCUUGGUGGCUAAGCACCCGUCCACCUCCACCGUGGCCAACCCGACGAGUUCGAGCGCAGCGAAGGAGGUGCGGUCGCCCGUAGGGCCGGGGCCUCCUCCCCUGGGGUCCCACCGGAGGCGCCCCGUCUCGCCGGACCCCAGGGGCCACGCCAGGACGCGAGCCACGGCCGCAGCAGCGCCCCGAGACUCCCCCAGGUCCUCCCCCAGGACGUCGCCAAGGUCCUCCCCGAAAUCGUCGCCCGUGAGACAGCUGCACAGGGAG